GGAGCCUAGAAGAAGACGAUGACUAGGGAGAUACUUGAGAAGCCCGUUGUUCUCAUUCCUGAGAUCUUUGAAGAUAACUAUUCGCCCGAUGAAGAAGUUUUCUCGUUAAUAUACGACUUACCCAAGUCAGUGAGGUCGAUGGACUGGAACGGUGAUCUGCUGGCAUAUGCGACAGAUACGGGUGUUGGCGUGUUGACGCCCAUUCCUCGUGAUUCACCACUGGCGAAGAAUUUACCAAGUGAUCUACAACAAGAGUGGUGUUUCCAAGUGACUAAUGUUCUGACCACGAGUCCCGUCACUCAUCUGCGAUUCACCAGUAAGUUCUUGGUUAUGUGCCAGGAAAAUAGGGAUAUUAUAGUUAUGGAUCAUUUGGACGGAAAGAAACAUUCUGUCUCUGGUGCAGACCGCCAUUUGGAGGAUAUCAAUAGCAUUGACGUUUCAGAGGAUGGCCAUAUCGUUUCUUGUGGUGACGACCGCCGUGUUGUAGUCUGGGGACCAAAUGGAAGCACAAGGGUGAAAUAUCUUGACGGUGUACCAACCCUCGUGAAGUUUUGGACGGACAAAGAUCUUGAUAAAGUUAUCGUUGUUGAAGAUGGGUCUAAAGUGAAGGUUUGGAAUUGGCGUAAGGAUGAGUGGCUUUACACCAUCUACCCUGAGUGUUUCAUCCCAGGCACCCCACCAAGCAUAUUGGACAUUGUCACCAAUGACGGAAACAUCACAGUCAUUGGCGAUGGCUCGUGGAAACAGUACGUACCAGCGGAAUUGGAAGGAGGAGCUGGUUAUACUUUUCCAAACUCUCAAGGUAGGCUCAAGGGAUGGGGUGUUAACAAGUGCCAAUACCUCUCCUCCACGAGCAAUUGUGGCUUAAUUGGAGGUGUGGGCACCGACAGAUCCUUCUUCUACAACUUAUUUGGCGAUAACUCUGGCCAUGUUUAUCAGUUCAAGUUGCAAUUGCCUUGUGUCUCAGUGCCAGCUGGUUCCAUCAACCAUAACGGCGUGGUGGCAUUUGCAUCUGGUUCCAGACUUGUACUGAUAAAGCCCUUCGAAACGUAUGAGGCAGUUGUAUAAACAAAUUCUAUCUCGUAAUGGAUGCUCAUAUAUAGUG